AUGCCUUCUAUUCGAUCUUUCCUCGCUGCAACCUUUGCACUAGGUCUACUUGACCAAGCCGUGUCUCGGACCAUCAAGCCCUCAUCUGACCUUGCCUCGGGUGGCCUCGCCUCGGGUGGCCUGGACCCCGCUAAAGACAUUGCCGCUCGGGACCCUGCCUAUCAGAACUGGGAUCAGGAGUGUAUUGACAACUUUAACAACUACAACCCCGACGACAGACGCGACAUCAACGGGUGCGAAAGUUGGACUAUGCGGUGGGAAGGCGGUGCCACUGGUGAUGGUAUCUUUAUCACGGCCGAGGAGAAGGCCACGGGCAGCUAUAUCCGGUUCUACGUGGAUGACUGCGUGUCUCCCGACUUCGUCCCCGAUCCCUACCAGUGCGUUUCGCCGGGAGGCCGGUGCAACGACAGGCCCUCGGGUACUUACAUUGCGGGAUGA